UCAGAUGCAGGGGAAGCAGGAUUGUUACUAAUCUCAAAUGUUAUUAAUCUAAAAUACUGUGGCAACAGGAUCACUACUAAUCACAGACACGUAGCAGGAUUGUUACUAACCUCAGACAUAGAACAGGAUCAUUACUAAUCUCAGAUGGAGAGGGGAUAGAGUUAUUAUUAAUCUAAAAUACUGUGGCAGCAGGAUUGCUACUAAUCUCAGAUACGGAGCAGAAUUGUAACUAACCUCAGAUGUAGAACAGGAUCAUUACUAAUUUCAGAUUUGGGAACAGGAUUGUUACUAAUUUCGAACAUGGUGGAAACAGGAUUGUUACUGAUCUCAGACAUGUGAGAACAAGAUUGUUAUUAAUUUCAAAGGCGGAAUAGGAUUGUUACUAAUCUCAAACACGGUGACAACAGGAUUGUUACUGAUCUCAAACAUGGUGGGAACAGGAUUGCUACUAAUCUCAAACAUGGAACAAGAUUGUUACUGAUCUCAGAUAUGGAACAGGAUUGUUACUAAUCUCGAACACGGUGGGAAGGGGAUUGUUACUGAUUUCAGACACAGAACAGGAUUGUUACUAAUCUCAGACAUGAUGAGAACAGGAUUGCUUCUAAUCUAAAAUAUGAUGGGAAUAGGAUUGUUACUAAUCUCAAAUACUGUGGGAACAGGAUUGUUACUAAUCUCAAACAUGGUGGAGGGAAACAGUAUUGUUCCUAAUCUCAAACAUGGCGGAGGGAAACAGGAUUGUUACUAAUCUCAGAUGCAGGGGAAGCAGGAUUUUUACUAAUCUCAAAUGUUAUUAAUCUAAAAUACUGUGGCAACAGGAUCACUACUAAUCUCAGACACGUAGCAGGAUUGUUACUAAUCUCAGACAUAGAGCAGGAUCAUUACUAAUCUCAGAUGGAGAGGGGAUAGGAUUGUUAUUAAUCUAAAAUACUGUGGCAACAAGAUUGCUACUAAUCUCAGAUACGGAGCAGAAUUGUAACUAACCUCAGAUUCAUUACUAAUUUCAGAUUUGGGAACAGGAUUGUUACUGAUUUCGAACAUGGUGGAAACAGGAUUGUUCCUGAUCUCAGACAUUUCAUGCUGCCCAGCCAUGGCAUCUGACGAUGUGGUGAGGUUUCAGUUCCCUAACCACGAGGUGACCAUUCUGAAGAAGAUGAACCAGCUGCGGAUGGAGGAGCGCUUCUGUGAUGUGACUAUCGUGGCAGAUCAGCUGCGUUUCCCGGGACACCGGGUGGUGCUGGCCGCCUGCUCGCCCUUCCUGCGCGACCAGUUCCACAUGAACCCCUCGCAGGAGGUGCAGGUCUUCCCCAUGACGGGCGCCCAGAUCGUCCUGCGGCUGCUGCUCUCCUGCUACACCGGCACGCUGGAGUUCCCCUUCAACGACAUCCUGGACUACCUGACGGCGGCCAGCUGCCUCCAGAUGGAGCACGUGGUGGAGAAGUGCCGGCAGUCGCUGUCGCCGCGCAUCGGGCCCCGCGUGCCCCCGGCUGAGGGGGCCGAGGAGCGGCCCUGCACGCCACAGAUUGCCACCUCCUCGGAGCGCGCGCCCGACGCCGACAGGCUGGCAUCUUGGGAAACGGGUAUGGCGGAGGAGAAGGGCCCAAGGAGGACGCCAGCGGACGACGUGGUGAAGCUGGAGUCGGAGCAGCGGGCGGACUUUGGCGGCGCCGAGGACAUCUGCAUCCACAAGGUGGAGUCGUUGGCCGACUGUAUGGAGGGGUGCCCAGACCGGGCAGGCAAGGGGCGGCCGACGGGUGGCGGGGUGGAGCCCGCCAACGGCCUGGAUCCCGACCCCGGCAUCCACUCGACUGUGGGGGGUGGCGCCGGUGGCUACUCCGACAGCAGCGCCCCCUACGACAUGUCAGAGGUGAUGAUCUCGGAUGAGUUCCAGGAGGAGGACUAUGAGAGCUCAGCCAGCGAGGACUGCCGCAGCAGCGGCUUCACUGGAACCUUCUACCGGCCGGGCGAGGAGCCCCCGCCCCCCCCCGCGCCCCUCUCUGGCUUAGGGCAGGGUGCCAAGGAGGGCGAGGCGGCCCGGAGCCCAGGCCUCUGCUCCGAGUGCGGCGCCCCCUUCGAGCACCGCGAGCACCUGGCAGCCCACAUGGUGGUCCACAAGCUCUACAUGUGCCUGCUGUGCGGCAAGGUCUUCAAGAAGAACGCGCGGCUGGCCCAGCACAUCAACGUGCAUACCGGCUUCAAGCCGUACUGCUGCGCCAUCUGCGGCCGCACCUUCACGCAGAAGCGCUCGCUCAAGGACCACAUGAACGUGCACAACGGCGACUCGCCCCACUGCUGCAGCUACUGCGACAUGCGCUUCACCCAUUACAGCACCCUGCGGGUGCACCUGCGCGACCAACACGGCAAGACCACCACCCGCAACAUGGAGAACAAGCCUGCUGAAAUCAGCCUGGUGGUGCCUUAGCAGUCGGUUUUUCUCUCUCCACCCCCGCCCCUCCCCCGCCCCAACACCCUGCCCCCGGCCAGGGCCCCAAACCACCUCCCCACAAAUAAAGCUCUGUUUUUAGACAACCUUGCAGUAGAACCACCAAACUAACACCACACGAGAUUACGUCCCAGUCAAUCUUUUCAAUCAACGGACUCUUUCCUGAACACUUUCUCUCCACGUUCUCCUCUGUCCGUCUCGACUGUUUCAGUUUUUAACAGACUGCCUGUUUCCUCACCAUUGCCCAGUUUUUUUUGUAUGUCUGUGUGACAGGAAGCACCUCUUUUAUGUAAUCUAUAUUUUUAUUCCAAAAAAUAAUAAUUUGUGAUUUUAAAAAAAGAAGCAGCGAAAAUUAUUUCUUUUUAAAAUUUCCCAUUGUGCGGUUGUUAAGUGCUGGGUGAUUGUUGCCCCUUGGAGUGGUGUUUAUUUCACUGAGGACUUUUCAAAUAGUCCCUUCUGUUCUCAGGGUAGGUAAUUGCUUCAAAGUCUCACUCAAACACACACACACACGUGAUUUCUGAGUCACUGAAUUUGCAUGAGAACCCAAAGUGGUUUCCUGUUGUCCCCCUCGCGGCUGUCAUGAUCAGACUAUCUCCGUCUUGGCCUGUAAUCGAUGUUAAAGAACCACUGUCUGCCCUUUUGGUUUUGGGAGAUGGGGUGCAGCCACAUUCAUCAGAUGCAAGUGCCCACCCCUGCUGGAACAGAAGGAGGCCAUUCAUGUUGUCCAGCUCCCAAGCCUGGAUGUGAAGGAUAUAAGAGAUUAGGAUGCUUAAGUGGAGAAUGUUUGUUUCCCACUACAGAGCUGAUUUCUCCCCUCCAGGACAGCAGUCAGCCAAUGCUGUGAGAAACCAAUUAAACUAAAUUAGGAAAACAAGGCACAAUUCAAGAAGCAGUCCCUUAAGAUAGCCAGUGCUUAUCUUUUGAUGACACUAAUUGAACUGAAUUAAGAAAAAACGGAGGGACAAAAUAAAAUGCAGCCCCUUAAAUGGACACUGCAAACAGAAAGUCAAAAAGACCGCCAGUGCUGCCUGACACUUUUUUGUAUACAAUUGAGUAUAAUUAACAAAUCAACACCCAUCGCCCGUUCACCUUAUUACCUUCAAGUACUGGGUAUUUAACAUUCAUUAAGUACAACCUAUUAGAUGCUAACACUUCAGCCCCUUGAGCCCGUCCCGACAUUCAGUGAAAUCACGGCUGAUCUGUGAUCCAACUCCAUACACCUGCCUUUGCCCCAUAUCUCUUAAUACUUCUGGCUAACAAAAAUCUAUCAAACUCCAAUUUAAAAUUAACAAUUGACCCAGCAUCAAUUGCCAUUUAAGGAAGAGAGUUCCAAAUUUCUACCAAUCCUUUGCAUGCAGAAUUCUUUCCUAAUUUUGCUCCCAAAAGGUCUGGCUCCAAUUUUUAGACUAUGUCCCCUUGUCCUAGACCUCCCGCAGCUAGCGGAAAGAAUUUUUUCUAUCCACUCCAUCCUAUUCCCCUUAAUAUCUUGGAAACUUGGAUCAAAUCACCCUUAACCUUUUAAGUUCGAAGUUUGUAUGAUCUCUCCUUGUAAUUUAACCCUUGGAAUCCAGAUAUCAUUCUGGUAAAGCUAUGCUGAUCUCCCUCUGAGGUUAAGAUAUCCUUCCUGAGGUGUGCCCAGAACUGCUCACAGUAACUCUAGGUGUGGUCUAACCAGGACUUUGUAUAGCUGAAGCAUGACUUCUACCCUCUUGUAUUCUAAUUCUCUGUAUAUAAAGGCCAGCAUUUUUGAUUAUCUUCUGUGCAAGUUCAUGACAUUUUAAUGAUCAAUGUCCCU